UAGCGCCCAGGCGCAAAGAUGGUUAGUUUUAUGGGAACCCUGCGCUAGCUGAGCACGGUCAUGGUGCUGAAUGGGGGACGCUAACGGAUAGCUCUCUCCAGGUAUUUCCAUGGUAGAUCCAUGGUUCAGACAAAAAAUCUUGCGUUUAAAUAGCGCGAGAAUCGAAAAGCUCUUUCAAUAGAUGACGUUCUAUUUGGCCUGGCACGGCGUCUUUAAACGCGACGCUGAAUAAAAAAAAACAGCUGCAUAUGGUGCAACGGCCAGAGGCGUCCGUCUAGCAUAUCUUUAUAUAGAAAAACAAUGGAGAUAUUGCGCAGAGGCACACAAAAACACGUUCGGUGUGAACUUCCCGUCAGCUCACGAGUCAUAUGCAAUAAAACUGCAAUUCCCAGAAUCCUGUCGUGAAAGCUCACAGUCCUGCGCAUCAGACAAACAGCGAAGCAGAUGAAAUCAAAGGGGUUGAAACUACUGUUUCCAUUUUUAUUUCUGUCCCGAUUAAAUGCUCUUUCAGCGGUAUCAUGAGUUGAGUCCAUCGUCCUGGUAGAAGAAUAUCUCGGACAGGGGCUGAAUAUGCGUCCCUGCUCCACUGUCAUGCACCUGCUGUUGAGGUGCCUUCGCGGGUGUGGCAGGCACAGUCGCUGCCGUCUGCCCAGACGAGUGAGGCAGCCUGUAAAUUACAUCAAACUUAUCUUCAAAUCCCUGUAUUUUAGUUCAUUCACUAAUUCUGAAGUGAUGAUGGACUCCAUCCUUGAGCCAGUGUUUUGGAUGGUGGAGGUUGUCACACGCUGGUUCGGAAUGGUCUUUGUGUUUUUAGUAGUAGCUCUCACCAGCUCUGUGGUCUGCAUCGCAUACUUUUGCCUUCUGCCAUUGGUCUUGCAAACUUACACUCCUGGCUGGAUAAUGUGGCACAUUUGUUACGGACAUUGGAAUUUGGUCAUGAUAGUCUUCCAUUACUACAAGGCCACAAAGACCCCCCCUGGAACUCCUCCUAAGUUGAAAAAUGACAUCCCGUUUGUGUCAGUCUGUAAAAAGUGUGUCAUUCCUAAACCAGCGAGGAGUCAUCACUGCGGCAUCUGUAAAACAUGUAUUCUAAAAAUGGACCAUCAUUGCCCUUGGCUCAACAACUGUGUUGGUCAUAACAAUCAUCGUUACUUCUUCUCGUUUUGUCUCUAUUUGACUUUGGGCUGCAUGUACUGUAGCAUCAGCGGUCGUAAUCUCUUUAUUGAUGCAUACAGUGCUAUAGAUCAAUUCAGGCACAUGGAAGCGGAGAAACAGGGGGUCCCGGUGACUGGGAUUGGGUUGCUUAUCGGCAUCGUACCAUCAGAAGCCGUGGCUGGGAAGGUCAUUUCACAACCUCCAUAUACCUAUAAGGACAGGAUGUUUCACAAGAGUGUUAUCUACAUGUGGGUCCUCACAAGCACAGUAGCAGUUGCACUUGGAGCUCUGACAUUGUGGCAUGCUAUACUCAUCACCCGUGGAGAGACCAGCAUUGAACGUCAUAUAAAUAAUAAAGAGGCCAGACGCUUGGCAACACGUGGAAAGGUUUAUCGGAAUCCUUUCAAUUACGGUAAACUAAAUAACUGGAAAGUGUUUUUUGGUGUGGAAAAGAGAAGUCACUGGCUGACACAUGUUCUCCUACCAUCUGGACACACCCCAUAUGGUGAUGGACUGACAUGGGACAUCUACCCUCUUAAAAAAGACAUGCUGCCUGUCUGAGACAUUAAAGACCUGGUUGUCCUAGUUGGUAAUGGUAAUGGCCAACACAUUCACCAGGGUGAAUCUCACCUCCUGUGCCAAGGCUGAAUGCAGAACCAGAGCCCCUGAAUUAUGGGUAUCUGUAGAGCCCAGAUUUAGACAGUGAUUUUAUGGGAUGACGUUUGCUCAUCCUAGCCAAAUGAAAAGAAUGUCCUCCAGAAAGAACAUUCAUUUUGGGAUGCAAAUUUUUUUAAUGGAAUUCAUAUUUGUAUUUGCUGUGUAUGGAAGAUACUGUGCUUAAAGCAGGGUUUGAAGUGCUUGUAGCCAUUUGGGGCCAUUUCCCGUAUCAUGUAUAUUUGUGUAAUUUUGUUUUUAACUCGUAACUUAUGUCAUAAAGUGUCAUUAUUUAAGAUUUAUAUGCACUUAAAUGAAAUGCUUUCUUUCCAAGUCAAAAACCUUGCCAAUGAUUUUAUUACAUGCAUAAUUUGUCACUACAAAUCUUGUUAAGUGUUUUGCAGUUUAUUCCAAGAUU